GGAUCCAUGAUGCUGAGCUGUGAUCGUUCCUGGCGCUGUAGCCGUAGCCCCGAAGUGGAAGAUGGCAAGUGGUAUGGGGUGCGAUCGUAUGUCCACCUCUUUUAUGAAGACUGUAUGGGUGCUGCCCUCAGCAAGGAUCCUGAGGGGCCCGCGGUCCUGUGCCCACGCCGCCGACCCUGGCCCUCGCUGUGCUGGAAGAUCAGCUUGUCCUCAGGGACCCUGCUCCUGCUGCUGGGUGCGGCGGCCCUGACCACUGGCUAUGCAGUGCCCCCCAAACUGGAGGGCAUCGGUGAGGGUGAGCUCCUGGUAUUAGACCAACGGGCAGCCGACUACAACCGAUCCCUGAGCACCUGCCGCCUGGCAGGCACGGUGCUCUGUGCAGCGGCCGGCGCCCUGCUGGCCAUCUGCCUGUGCUGGGCCUUGACGAGCUGGCUGAGCCGGGACUUCAAGGCAGAACCCUGGGACAUCGACACGCCUGGCCAGGUGGAAGUCUUUGGGAACGAGCCUGAGCAACAGCUGUCCCCGCUCUUCCGAGAUGCCAGCAACCAGUCAUGGUUCUCCCCAAACACCAGCCCCUUUGGGCCGUCCUCUGUGCAGACCAUCCAGCCUGGACGGGACUCCUGAGCUGCCCGCUCGGCCAGAGGAGGAGCUGGCUGAAGGGUCAGGGCUCUUCUUCCACGCCACAGCCGCCUUCCCAUGGUCACCCCAACUUCCUCUCUCAGCUGGGCCUCUGAAAGGCCUGAUUCCCGGUCAGGAAGUCUGGAGACCGAAUUUCCCAGUUCUAGAGCUCAUCCAAGAUGCUAGUCUUCCCCACAUCCUCUUAAAAGGUACCCCCUGCCUUUCUCAAGGCCAUACAGGGGGACAGAAAACAUCUUCCAUUUGGACCCCAAAUUCCCACCAUGUGACCUUGGACAGGUCCCUCAUGUCCCUCACUCUCAGACCCUCAGUUCCUACCUCGGUCCUAAGAGGGGCUCAGACCCUAUGUGCUCCCUCCAUGGGCAAGGGUCAGGGGUGGAGCAAGGGGCCUUUCUCUUUCUCCCAGAAUGCCUCAGAUGGGCCGGAAGGUACUCCCCACACCUUGCCCUCCAGGACCAUGUGAAACACCCCAAGUCAUCCCCCACAGCAUGUUCUCUAGGUGCGCAUGUCCCCAGCAUGCCAGAAUCCAUCCUAUCGGGGAUAGUUAUUGGCCCCAGAUUACAGAUACGGGGGUGGGGUGCGAUGUGUGUGCUUAGAAGUGAAGCGUCCAACUUCAUGCUACCAGGCAGGCUGCAGGGAAGCAACUCCACAUCUGCAGACCCUGGGUCAACUCUAGGUGCAGGUUUGGCCCAGAGAGCUUGGACAAGAUUUUCGACCUGGAUUUAAAUGUGUCUGUAAGAGCUGGAAGGCAGGAGAACUGGGAUGGCUUUGCGCUCCCCCCACCCCCUUUCACUCACAAACACGUCGGCCCAGACUGACAACUAAAGAGCCCUCGCAGGAGCUGAUUAAACACCUCUCCAGCCUGUAGGCUCCUGGCCAGAGGCACUACAUCCUCUCUACCUCUAGAGGGAGCGCCAAGCCAGCGGAAGAGGUGCGCUCAGGACCUUCCUCCCCAGCCCCCUCCGCUCCCCGCCCGCUGGAAGGGUCCUCAAUCCCCUUCUGGCCAGGCGGUACCGCCCUUGGGCCCCUUGCCCCUCCUCUCCAUGCCCACUCCCCGUUCAAUAAACCGUUGGGAUGGAUGUUGGUGCCGUGUUGCUUCUUUUCUCUGUGCCGGGCACUUACAUCGUCAGUUUCAUUAGCCAUAGCCCUUUCAGAAAGGGAUUCAUCUUAUUUUCGGAGUUCUUGGAUAGAGCAAACAGUUAGUGCUUGGCUACAAGCUGAAAGGUUGGCUGUUCACCGCCAUCCAGAGACCCCUCGGAUGAACACAUUCACUGCCAUCAAGUCAAUGCUGACUCAGAGUGCCCCCUGUGGGUUUCCAAAAUUGUAACUGAGUAGAAAGCCCCGGCUUUCGGUUUCGAACUGGCAACCUAAACGAUCGCAGAGCGUUCGGAUCACAGUCACAGAACCAGUACACCACCAGGGCUGAUAGCCCCACUCAGAUCAGAGGCCUAGAAAUCCUCUUUCAAAAACCCACCCGCUUGGGAAACCCACGUGCAACACAGACAGCCUCCUUCCGCUGCAAAGGGGCGCCACUAUCUGAUGAAUUUCACUUAUGUUGAGUUUUAUGCGAGACGUUAACAAUACAUAAUGUGAGGCCUUUGAUUCGAAACAAUAAUCAAAAAUUAAAGGCCGGGUUCUGUCCCUCAUUUGCUCCGAACAUUCCCACGGCCCCCACCUUCUAAACCAAACCAAACCAGUUCAUUGUCAUCGAGUGGAUUUUGACUCGUAACAAUCCCAGAGGGCAGGGUAGAACCGCCCGUCGUUUCUGAGGUUGUGACCCUUUAGGAGCCUAGAAAGCCUCAUCUUUCUCCCCUGGGUGCCUGGCGCUUUUGAACUCCAGACCAGGCUGUUAGCAGCCCAAUGCGUAACUGCUCCUCCCCCGCGCCCCCACCUUACUUAGAAUAAAACCCAAAAUCCUUGUCCGUGGUCCAGCUAUGGCUUUUUGGAGCUCUGCUGGUAUAGUGGUUAUGCGUUAGGCUGCGAUCCGAGAUGUCUGCAGUUCAAAGCCACCA